CUGCCGAGGUUUUCCGAAGAGUUUCGCUCUUCAGUGCUCCCUCUGGCGGUCCCAUUGCGGUAUUGCAUCUCCGUGCUGAGAGUGAGGCUCCGGCAAGCAUCCUCCCAAUAUCCGAGAGCAUCUUCAUGCAGCGAGGCAGCGAGCAGGGAGCCUCCCUCAUCUCCAUGCACGCAGGCGGCUCUGAUACUCAUCACAAACAACACAGGGAGGGACAGGACACUCUAUACCAUGGCCAGAAACCGCAAAGAAAGAAACAGCUGGGCAGGCAGCUUCACGGAGAAGGGUGGGGCCUAUGACUGGAGCUCGGAGGAGGAGGAGCCUGUGGCGAGGGCGGAGCCGGUGCAGGUGCUCGUGGUCAAGGAUGACCACUCCUUCGAGCUGGACGAGGCGGCGCUGAGCCGCAUCCUGCUGUCCGAGGCCGUGCGGGACAGGGAGGUGGUGGCCAUCUCUGUGGCCGGAGCGUUCCGCAAGGGCAAGUCCUUCCUCAUGGACUUCAUGCUGCGUUACAUGUACAACCUGGGCUCUGAGGAGUGGCUGGGCGUGCCUGAUGAGCCCCUCACUGGCUUCUCGUGGAGAGGGGGGUCCGAGCGAGAGACCACCGGCAUCCAGAUCUGGAACGAGGUCUUCCUGGUGGACAAGCCCGACGGCAGGAAGGUGGCGGUGUUGCUGAUGGACACACAGGGCACCUUCGACAGCCAGUCGACUCUGCGAGACUCUGCCACUGUGUUCGCUCUCAGCACCAUGAUCAGUUCCAUGCAGGUUUACAACAUAUCCCAAAACGUGCAAGAGGACGAUCUGCAGCACUUGCAGCUCUUCACAGAGUACGGCCGGCUGGCCAUGGAAGAGACGUUUCUGAAGCCUUUCCAGUCCAUGAUCUUCCUGGUGCGGGACUGGAGCUUCCCCUACGAGUUCCCCUACGGGCAGGAUGGAGGCAUGAGAUUCCUGGAGAAGAGGCUCAAGAUCUCUGAGAACCAGCACGAGGAGCUGCAGAACGUGCGCAAACACAUCCACUCCUGCUUCACCAACAUCUCCUGCUUCCUCCUGCCGCACCCGGGGCUCAAGGUGGCCACCAACCCGAACUUCGACGGCCGGCUCAAAGAGAUCGACGGGGAGUUCAUCAGAAACCUGAAGGUGCUGGUGCCCUGGCUGCUCAGUCCUCAGAACCUCGACGUCAAAGAGAUCAACGGAAACAACAUCACCUGCCGCGGCCUCGUCGAGUAUUUCAAGGCCUACAUAAAGAUCUACCAAGGAGAGGAGCUCCCUCACCCCAAGUCAAUGCUGCAGGCUACAGCGGAGGCAAACAAUCUGGCAGCAGUAGCGGCAGCAAAGGACCUGUACAACAAGAAGAUGGAGGAGGUGUGCGGGGGGGACCGUCCCUUCCUGGCGCCCGCCGCCCUGCAGGCGCGGCACGGGGAGCUGCGCGAGGAGGCCCUGCGGCUCUUCCGCGGGGUGAAAAAGAUGGGCGGGGAGGAGUUCAGCCGCCGCUACCUGCAGCAGCUGGAGGGCGAGAUUGACGAGGUGUUCCUGCAGUACAUCAAGCACAACGACUCCAAGAACAUCUUCCACGCGGCCCGCACGCCCGCCACACUCUUCGUGGUCAUCUUCAUCAUGUACGUGGUGGCCGGCGUCACUGGCUUCGUGGGCGUGGACGUCAUCGCCAGCCUCUGCAACAUGAUCCUGGGGCUGACACUCAUCACGCUCUGCACCUGGGCUUACAUCCGCUACUCGGGGGAGUACAGGGAGCUGGGGGCCGUCAUCGACCAGGUGGCAGGGGCGCUGUGGGACCAGGGAAGCACUAACGAGGCUCUAUACAAGCUGUACAACGCUGCAGCCGGGCACCGGCACCUGUACCACCACGCCUUCCCCACGCCUGAGCCCGAGCCGCACGCACACCCCGACAGAAAGCAGAACUGACUGUCCAAAUCACCGCAACCCUGCGGGACUCCCCGGGUGCAUGAGAGGCACAAAAGCAUAGAGUUGUUAUUUUUGGUCACUGUACUAUAAUUUACUUGAUUGGAUCUGUGCGAGAUACAUACACUUACUGUAUAUAGCUAAUGGGGAACAAUGUGCGAUUCAUACACUGUAUAUCGCUAGUCUUAAUCCACAGGUGCAGAGGCCAGGUAUCAAAACCACUUUAUCAGGCACCAUGCUGUUCUUGAUUGAUUUAUUGACUCAUUAAAUGUUCAAAGAAACUGCA